UACAUCACCUCUUUCUUUCCUGUAGUCGAUGCUCAGGGUGUUAUUUAUGUCUUGAGUCGGUAGUCCCCGGGAAUGUCUAGAGGCCCGCCAUGACUGUCCCCCGAUAAACCACAAAAAAAACAAAAAAGCCCGGACAAAACGUAACCCGGAAUUCGAAUAUGACAUCAAACGCCCAACAACCCGCCAGGCUGUGUUUUGUAACAGUCGGAGCCACAGCUUCCUUUCAUCUUCUGUUACAGUCGAUCUUGGAUCCAAGGUUUUUGAAGGCAUUAAACCAGUUUGGAUACACCAACCUUCUCAUCCAGUUUGGCAAAGACGGGCAAACUCUCUUCGAUGACUUUGUCCGCAAAUUCCCUCCCGGUGACCCUAACCGUCACGGGGUGAUAGUUGAAGGCUUCGACUUUAACCAGGCUGGCCUGGAUCGGGAAAUGCGAUUAGCGCAGUCGAAUCCCUCUAAAGGACGCGGCGGUGGAUUGAUUAUCAGUCACGCAGGCUCUGGAAGUAUCCUAGCAGCUCUACGACUAGGGGUGCCUCUACUCGUAGUUCCUAAUCCUACUCUCCAGGAUAACCACCAAGAAGAGCUUGCCCACGAGCUCCAGAAGCAGGGAUAUGUUGUCUCGAGCGAUUACAGGGAGCUUACUUCUGCGCUGGACCGUGUUGAGAAACUACGGUCUCACAUGCUUUCCUGGCCGCCAGUAUUGGGACCGAACCAGAAACGUCCACCAACACUGGGGCAGGUGAUGGCGGACGAGUUGGGGUUCUUGGAUUGAAUUUUACUUGCCUUAAUUUGAGUGCUUCCGAGACAAAAAAAAAAAACGAGGGUGGAAUGGCGAGUUGGCGUGCAUGCUUUGUUGAUGCUUAGGUCCAGAUUUUGUAUAUCAAUUGAACGCAGAUUUUGAAUCUUGAAUAAACCAUAU